AUGGCAAAACUGACUGAUGAUGCCGACUACGAUGCAGGCGAAACGUUUGAGAAUGUGCCAAGUCCACUGUCUGAUGCUGAUGGAAGACGAAUUCGGACUAGGUGCGUUCUACUUAGUUGCCCUGACAACUAG